AUGCUGUUGCUGAUGCUGUGGUAUUUGGUUGUACAAGCUUUGCUUCUGUGGCAGAUUCUGCAGCCCCUGCAGCCCCUGCAGCUUCACCUCGUCGUACAACGCCUUAUACUUGGCAAGCUUUUCCCGAAGCAAGUUGUUUUCUCGCACCAAGAGCUUGUUGGCGCGCUCGACCUGGGCGUGGCGCGAACAUUCCUCCUGCGACUGCGCGAGCUCCACACGGAGCAGGGCGAGUUCGCCCUGGCUUUCGCGCGCGCGCGCACACUCCGCCUCAAGUUGCGCCGCGCGCGCCUCGAGCUCGCGGUUUUUCGCGCGCACCUCGCCCAAUUGCCGCACCAACUUGUCGGUCGACGACGCCAAGAGCGCCAGGUACCGCUCAAACUCCUUCAGGCUGGGCACGGCGGCCGCGUCCACGCGCCGGUGCGUGUCGCGCCACGACAUGUCGUCCCAGAGGGAAAACGUCUCCAGGGGCUGGUUUCUGGGCAGAGCACGACCGGCCGUUUCUUUAGCCGCCAGCCCUUUUGCAACCAGCGGCAGCUGUGCCACUGGCGCCCUCUCUAA